AAGAACAUAUGUUGGCUGUUCCAGGUACAUUACAGAUAUAAUUAACCUUCGUGAUAAGGAAUACUCAAACUGGCACAAACUAUGGAUUUUUUUGGUUAGAUUCUUGCAUAAAAAAAUCCAUAAUAAAAUGGAUCUUACUAAUCGCCUGUUGAGAGUUGUAGAAUUUGCUUUUAGAAGUCCGUCUGUCCAACAGAGACUCCGAGGAUAUGACUGCUGGAAGGAAUUAAUAGACAAUGCAAGCCUGGAUGUUAAUCACAUAUGUAGCUCAAAGCAAAUCAAAUUGUUGGUAACACCACUUAGGGCAAAGUUUUCCAAACAAGAAGUAGUGAUAAGUAAACGUUUUGAUGUUUUCACUUAUUUGUUGGAAAAACUAAAACACAAAGCUGUGCUCUGUCUGAAAGAUUUUCUAGAAUUUUGUUUCGGUCCGGUAGGAGAUAAUAAAGACGAGUCUAGGACUGGCCAAGGAAAGAGUGUUCUUGAAGUUCGGGUGAAAAGCACCAAGGUGUUGAUAGAAAUUAUAGGUGUGCAAAGUGAUGAAAAACCGUAUUUGGAUGACCUUCUUGGUGUUAUAUUCACAGCUUUAGUAUCAUUCGACAAAGAUUCCAAGCAUCAGUUCCACGAAUGCAUACAGUCAAUUUUGCAAGAGCUCAUUACCAUUUUCUUCAAAAUAGGAAAUAUCCCCACUGCCACUGCGGAAAAUUUUAAGAAAAUAGUAUCUCAUAUGUUCUCUCAAAUCAUGCUCAAAGAAGAGAAAAUAAAAAUGAUGGAAACAAUUAUGAAGUGUUUUUCAAGUGUUGAGUCAAGAGAUGAAUGUGCUUCCAAUGUCGCAAAAAUUUGGCUGUGUUUAGUUAGUGAACUAAUAACUGAACUCACUCCUGAGAAAAUAGAAGAGUUUGUAAAAUUCAGGGAAUAUUUUUUGUGGCCGGCACACAAUUUACAUUUCUUGGAUGAUAAAACAAAGAAGCAAAUUAUACUCAAUUGGAUGAAACUUUAUAAAAAACUGAGUGCUGAGGCUGAAGAUAAAAAACUAUUGACAAUGAAACACCUUGAUACAAUUUUCAAAAACAAUCCUCUGCUUGCCUCAGAUAUUAUCUGCCUCCUGAAUGUCAUGUCACAGGUUGAAAUGACCUCUUCCAGAGAAUUUGUAAUCAAACUCAUGGAAGUCACAACUUCUAUACUUCUCCUUCCCAACUUGCAAUCGGAAGAUGAACAGAAAAUAACAUCACUUAUUAUUCAGUAUCUUCAACCAAGUUUAGAAUGUUACAAGUCUGUGGAUGAUGAAAGGGUCAUAAAAGUAAUUUGUACCAAUAUAGAACACAUUCUCUGCAUACACGAGGGUUUUAAGUUGCUGGAACCUUUGGCAAACUUCAUCAGAAAUUGUUCCAAGGACAUUCGUAGUAAAUUUUCUAAACAUUUAGAAACUUUACUCAUUGAUCUAUAUACAAAAGAAAAUGACACAAAGAGUUACAAUGCGAAAGAACUUUCUAAGGUGUUGGGCGUUUUCAGUGAGAAUGACCCCAAGGAAGACAAGAAAACCUUUGUUAUUCCUAGUGGAAGAUCUGCUAGAAUUGCAAACCUUGCUAAAAGUUCUCCCAAGACGCCAUCAAAAUGCCAGAAGAUAGGUGCAACUGCUUCUCCUACCUCACUGAGGUUGUUCGGCAAAGAUCCAGAGACAAUGUCACCCUUGCGUGCAAGAGGAAGUCAGCUAAAUAAUGCCACUCCUAAAAGAAACAAAAAGAUUUCCAGUAAUACACAAAUCAAAGCAAAAUCUACACCAUCAAUUAAUGAAGAGGAUUCCUCUGAUUUUGUUAAAAUUGAAACUGAAGUCAAGUUCCAGCCUAGUAAACUAAAUGAACAUCAGAAAGAGGUUAUGAGAAAAAGACGUGAAGAUAUACCUGCUCUAUACCAAGACUUGUCCCAAAGCUUGAGCCAGGAUAUCUUUAGCUCAAAGUCAAAUUCUAAAGAGGCAUUGGAGAACAAAGAUAAAAAGGAAACUUCCAAUGACAAUCCAAAAGUUAUUGUGGAGAAAGUUAACUCUUUUAUUUAUUCUUUUCCAACUGAUGAAGGGCUAGAAUCUAAGAGUAUCCAAAUGUCUGAAAGUGAUGCAGAUAUUAUGGAAGAAAAAUUAAUAAUUACAAGGGGGUCUGAAAAUGAAACAAGAGCUGUUGAAAAAACUCCAAAAAUGAACUCGGAGUCUGAUCUAUUUUCUGAAGACAUUAAGAACUUACCAUUUGAAAAAGUUAUGUCUGACGAAGUUAUCAGUGGAUCUUUAGAGGAAAACAUGGCUAAGCUACCAAAUGACACCAAAAUGGCUUUCAAAGAUUUCAACAAAGAUUUGCCACCACUGUCUGGGGAUGAUUUGUUUUCUCAGAUUAGCAAAGGUCAUGAGCAAGAUGAAAAAGUAAAAACCGAGGGUACAAUAUCUGCAGACCUCUUCAGUGAAGCUGGGAGCUCACAUGCUCCUAAAGAUGAUAGGAAAGACACCAAGUUAGAUGUUUUCAUUCUAGAACAUGAAGAGAAAUCAAAUGGUAAAAAAAGGAAAAAAGUUGAAGCCGAGUUGGGAAGGUUGAAGAUGGAUAUUGUUGGAGCUGAACAGUUUCUUGAAACUAAGAGGAGAACCAGGACUAAAGAGAAACCGACAAAAUUUGAAGAAACUCUAAGUAAUGGUAAGAAGGCAAAGAAAUCACCGCCAGAAGAAAAUGUUACAGGAGGAAGAAAGAAAAAAGGUUCCCCAACAGAAAAAAAUGUAAAUGAUGCUGAAAAAAUCAAUACUUCUUUACCAGGGAAAGGUAGAAGGUCAAUAAGUUUGGAAAAAUCUGAGAAACCUAUUGAAAAAAAUAGAAGAAAAACCAUAGGAGAUAUGCAUAACAAGGAUAGUGAGAAAUAUGCUUCUUUACCUCUGGAAACCUCUAGUCUGGCAUUAAGUGUGCCAAAAAAAAGUACUGAUAAUGCUAAGCCACUCGAGGAUAAAUCAUCCAAGCAAAUUGUAAGUUUACCAAAUACUCCUCAACCAAAAUCCAAAGAGAGAAAAACGCCCAUAUCUAAAAAAAAGCAUCAAACAGUGCAAGACAUUAAACCGUCUCAAAUUGGCCAUACAUUGAACAAAAUUGAACAAGACACUCCAGUAGGUAAUAAUAGAAAAUCUGUGAAAUUACAAAAAGGCAGUGCACCUAAAGAUGAAAUCAAUUCUACACCAGAUCCAAAGAAAUCACCUACAGCUAAAAAAAAGCCAUUAAAACCUGAGGAAGAUUUCGAAAUGGUUCAUGUGCCCGAAAUGGAUGCAAAUAAAGGAGAAAGGCGACAAAAGGAUGUGGAUGAACUCCAAAAUAAUGAAGGGUACAAUCAUGAAGAAACUCCUUUUGAGGUAGAAGAGAAACAGUCUGCAUCAAAUGAAAAAGAGGCUGAUUUUGUGAAAUGUACAGUGAAUUUGCAGGAAGGUGCAACUUCUAUAGCGGAAAAAGAACACCACGGACACAAUACUGAAAAAAAUUCACCACAAAUUGCAGAGCAACCUGUGGAAUUGUCGAAACAGCUUAUGAUUGAAGAUGUUGAAAUGCCUACUGCAGUGGACGUUGAAAUACAAGAUCCUAUUAGUAAAGAAAAAGAAACAGAGAUGCAUGAAAAGGAAUUGAUUUCUAAACAAUUGAAAGUAGAUGAAAUUGAAAGAGGUGAGCAGAAAGAACCUGUAAUUCUAAGAAGUAGCUUGAAGUUGCCAAAUGAUUAUCCUAUUGAAAGUCCAGGAGCAACAUUUACAAUAGAACCAAAAAUACUGAAUGUUCUUGUGAAACCAGAAUCUCCAACAAAAAUUAGGGUUUUGAACUCUGGUGAAGAAAACUUGAAUGAAGCUGAAUUUGAAACUCACAAAAACAAAAGUGAAACUUCUGCAGUAGAUGAAGAAACUCCUGAUAUAUUUUUUGAGAGAAGAGGGGAGAAGAGAAAACACAGCACUGAUGAUGAUGAUGAUAUAAUUGAAAGUUCUCAGGAAUCGUUUGCAGAAGUAACAUCUCUAAAUUCCUCAAAGAAAAGACAGUUGAAAGCUCUUAUAGAAAAUACUUCAAACAGUGAAGAAAAUACCAUGAUACAGCAAAAAACUGUAACUCCUGCAGAUUUUAUUUCAGAUAUUAAGAAAUCUAAAACAAAUUGUAUCGAAAUAAUUGAAGAGACAGAAGUUUAUCAAGAAGCCCUUCCAAAUUACAACAAAAAAGAUGACGGAGAGAAUGAAACAGAAGACAUUUGCUCAAAGAAACUGCCAAAAGAGGGGUUGAUUGAAGAUAUGGAAGAAAUACCAGAAAAAAUUGAUAAUCUAAAGGGUUGUACUGAUAAAAAAAUAGAUGACCCAAAUUCACUUUCAUGUCUGAUUCCAAUUGAGGAAACUGUUCCAUCCAGAGAAAUACCUUCUAAAUCUAAUGAAUCAAUAGAACACACUGAUCAUGUUGAACUCGAUACUUCAAAAGGGAUCAACACCACACAAGAUUCAACUUUGACCCAAGAUUCCCUCCAAAUUGAAGAAAAUGUUGAUCAACAAGUUUCCACCCAGGACACAAUGACACAACCCACAUUCACACAAGACACCCCAACUCAACAGGACAUGAGUGAAGAUAGCGCUUUUCCCACCUUAUACUUCGAUUUACCGAAAAAACCCAAUCUCACUGAAUCUGAGCAGAUGAUGUGCCAAAUGGAUACAAUGUCCAUUUGUGGUGUCAAAGAUAAUGAAUUGUUGGUGAAAAAUCAAACAGAAGAUCAUCACAGUAUGAAAGAAAUAGAGCUGAGGGACAAAACUGUAACAGGCAGUAACGAAAUAAAAAAUAUUUCUCUUGAAAAUACUUCAGAUGCUCCCGUUACAUGUAAUACUUCAUCCUCUUCAGAUAAUUCAAGCUCUCCAAAUAGAUCGAGCAGUUUACCUUCUUCCCCCAUAACAGUUGAUACACCUACAAGAACUUCCAAAUUAUUGGACGACACAAUGGAUAUUUCUCCCAUAAAAUCUAACAGUUCUCCCGAAACAAAUAAUUCCAUAGAGAUUCCGGUGCCUUCAAGAUUAUUCUUUCAAGACGAUUUUCAAGAAUUGGGUGAGAGGAAGAAGUUGAUAAAAUCAGCUUCUGAAACCGAUGAUGAUACAGUACCUUGGAAAAAUGAUGACGUGAAUGGAGGUAAUUUAUUAAUUGUCAAAAUAAUUCAGGUUGGGUUAGGAUUUUGUCUCUAUCUGAUUUCAAAGGUCCAGGUUUAUCAAUGACGAUUUAAUCAUCACUUAAGGAGUGAGUACGGUAUAGCCAAGUGCAAGGAGCUAAUGAGCUAGAAACACGUGU